GAAAUUAAUGAUUAUAUUCUAUGGUAAGCUAUGAUUAUUAUUAGGCCUAUAUAUCUAAUGGUAGAAAACAUGUAAAGCGCCUUGGAUUUUGAUCCAGGGCUGGUCACGAGGCCUGGGAGUCUUGGGUCAGAGCAGGGGUUGGGGCGCAACCCCCCAGGAGCAGGAAGCUACUGACACGAUGUAUGCUGACUCCACUUCCUGGGUCCUAGACUAUCUCGGUGACCAUCUGUUUAGAAGAAUUUGUGUUUGAUUAUAUGUGGACACCUAAAAAACAAGAAACUGCUGAGUACUGUGCUAUUGUGUGUUUAAGAAGAGGCUGGAAUCUGUUGACGAGAAGUGACUUUGCAAACCCACUCAGGCUGUUGUCGUUGUUGUUUUUCUGCACGAUAAAGUCUUUUGUCAAUUCUUGCUCCGGACCCCUCGUUUUCAUUCUACUCUCUCUCUUGAAUUAGUCUAAGUGUUUUAUAUCUCGGUUAAUCUUCAACAUAUUUGGCGUCGCGAACAGGAGGAAAUAGGGACUCGCCAGCUGCCGGGCCAGAGGACGGGACGCGAACGGAUCAUACGACCAGAGCUCAAGGGUAAGUUGUCUUGCCAUAUAUAGGAUAGAGUCGUUUGAUCUGUUCUUGCCCCGUCUGAACGCCGAGCAGCAGGUAAAGUGUCUCUUCGAUCAAACGAACCGAAAUUAUAGAUAAAUGAGCGAGUGAGAGAUACGGGGGCUCCGGGAGAGAUUGACGUGCGCGCGCACAUAAGCCCUAGGCGCUGUGGUUCUAAAUGACCAAGACGCUGUGUGGUUCCCUAUUUUUGAUACGAGUUGUUGUUAUUUUAAGUUUUGAGGUUUUGGUCAAGUAGACCUAUUAUAAAGUCCUGUGGCUGUAUUCUAGAGGAUCGAAUUAGUGGGAAAGUUCCAAUAGGACAGUAACAGGUCCGCAGGUCGAUUGAAGUGCCUGUUGGAUGUUUGAGAGAAUCACAGAGAGUUGAGUUGGAAUUCAUUGCCGUUGAUGAAUUCAUUUUGUUAUUUUAGAGGUCUGCUUGGGAUGUUGACUGGUGAAUUUCCAUUGUUGGCAUUUUUGAGAAAGCAGAUUCUCGCACUUUUGUUAUUUUAGAGGUCUGCUUGGGAUGUUGACUGGUGAAUUUCUAGUUCCGAUAUUGGCAUUUUUGAGAAAGCAGAUUCUCGCACUUUUGAAUAGAUAAGUUUCUUGUCUGUUGGAAUUCAUUGCCGUUGAUGAAUUCAUUUUUAUUUUAGAGGUUUGCUUGGGAUGUCGACUGGUGAAUUUCUAGUUCCGAUGUUGGCAUCUUCUGAGAAAGCAGACUCUCGCGCUUUUGAAUAGAUGAAGUUUCUUUAUUGGAGUACCGUUUGAGUUGGUAUUUUGAGGAGUCUCUUGUUUGUUCGUGAUCUGGUCGAGUGUUAUGUGUUCAGCCAUUGUUUUGGAAGAAUAGGCUUGUUGUUUGGAGUGCCAUCCGACCGUUCAUAUUUUAAUCAAAAGGCCAGUUUCUACGCUCGGUCAACUUUUUAUUUGUAAUUAAUUACAAACAAUUCGGACAUUUUUCAAUAUAAGAUAAAGAAAUUGUAUGAACCGGCUUAUUGUCUGUAUUUAAGUCGUGUUAGGAUUAAGUUACCUCGGAGGUUUUUACGACCCGGUUCAUUUUUUGUUGUUGUUGAUUCUGUCAUAAAUAAAUUAGGCGGACAGAGAAUAGUUAAUUUGUUUAAAUUUAGUUGAUAAUCAUAAAUAAAUUAGACGGAUAGAGAAAAGUUAAUUUGUUGAAGUAUUGAAUAAAUGUGUAAUCUUCUUUGACAUCGCCGCGCUGACUAACUGCACGUGCACGAGCAAUCACACAGGGGACGAGCAGGAGCCUGCAAAGCAGGGAGGGAGACGAGCGCCGGGGAGGAGUUCACGUUUGUAGCUUAGAGAUAAUAAAGUAUAGAAAAUAACUAGCAGAAUAAACUCAAAUAAAUUGUAUUAAUAAAUAGUGUACUUCAGAAUAGAUAAAUAAAGUAAUAAAGUAAUAAUUAAAAAUGGCACCAACAGCGGUAGAGAUUUUGAGUAGAGACCGUCUAUUGCUCAAAGGUGAGAUGAAAAAGAUCUCUGAGAAUUGGGAAGAAAGGACAGAAGUAGCAGGUACUAUAUGGCCCAUGGGAGGGACUUUUGAUCCAACAAUGUAUCGGGACAUGGAGGUAGUAAUAAGGAGUUACAUAGAUAACAGAAGUGGAAAAACAGCCUUAGCGAAGAAGGACAGGGAAAGGUUAGUGCUAGCUUUGUUCGAAGAGGAGGGAGAGAGGUGGCGCUCAUUACAACGAGUGGCCAGAAAAAUAAUCACAGAGAAAGAAGAGGCUCAACCUUUGCCUCUGAAGCUUGAGCCACCGCCGUACAAACCAAAUAAGAUGUAUCCACUGUUAACUGGCAACGUAGAAAUUAAAGGGGAAGUCACACUAGAUGAAGGAGAUAAUAAGUGUAACACACAGGGGAAUAGGGGCGCACCCAUACACAUGGACUGUUAUGAGGGGAUUAGGAAAGCAAGAGAAGAGUGUAGCAAUGCUGACACUAGUUAUAGUAAGAGUGAGGAUGAGGACGAAGAUGAGACAAGUGGUGAUGAGCACAGUAAUAAAGAUGUGAAAGAUGGUAAUGAGCGAAUUUGCGAAGGGCCUUCUCCUAGAAAGAAAAGGAGAGGAAAAAACACAAAGACGAGGACGAAGUCUCAGAAAAGGCAAACAAAAAAGAGUACUAAACUCAAGGGGGAGGGGUAUAGUGAGAGCCCAGCGACAGAGGAGCCUGGCUGCAGUAUAUCAGUACUAAGCCCCACACCACUCGAGUUAAAUGAGAAACUAAGGAAAUCGCAAAGGGGAAAAAAGGCACCCGACACCCUCCCUGGGAACUAUCCUAUUCUAGUCGAAGGACAACAGGUCCAUUAUCAACCGUGGGGUUCACAGGAAUUGGAGGGAGUCAUUGCUAAACUCCCUAACAUACAUAACGGGGCGUCUAAAUGGAUUAGAACAUUUGAGGAACUCACAGUGGGAAAGCUAAUGGCAGUGGGGGACCUGAAAGCUCUGUUAGCAAGAGUAUUGGGGUUAUCUAAAAUGGAGUUUGUACUGAGGAAUGGAGGGUUGAAUAUACUGGAUGGAAAAUAUGAUAAGACUACACUUGAUCAUUACAGAGUGGCGAUGUGGGCCACACUCAGAAGGGAGUUUCCGACCCAUAUCGAUCAUAAAAACAUGAGAGGUCUCCCUAUCAACGACACAGAGAAUCCUGCAUCCUACCUCCAGGCCCAAGUGGACAGAUGGCGCUUGGAGACGAAUGAGAAUCCUGAGAUCCAUCCUGUGUUUUCGGUCAUGUUCAGAAACUCUGUGAUAGAGAUUCUACCUAGCUCAAUCAAAGCCAAGCUAGAGGAUGUGGUUGGACUGUCUACAUCAGGAUCUCAUAGAAAUUUUAAUGACCAUUUAGUUCAUGCAGUGGAUGAAUAUCGUCAGAAUAAACAAAGAACACAGGAACAAAGCAAAGAGCUCCAGAGGAAGCUAUAUCAGCUUCAGCUGGAAGAUCUCACAAGGAAGGAAAGAGAUAAGAAGAGACAGGCAGGUGUUUUAGAACCAGCUGCAGUAAAUUCGCAAGCCGCCCAGCAGGGCGCACUUCAAAACCAACAUCCACGAUUGGCAUUUUCUCUCCCAGUACAACAGCCUCAGAGCCAACUGUCACCUACUCCACCUGUUACACAUGUGCACAUCCAUAAUUAUGGGAACCCCACAAAUAAAAAUAGACAGAAUCAGCAACAGGGGUCCCAAGGACAGUAUAGAAAUAAUCAACAGCAGGGAUUCCAAGGACAACGCAGAGGUCCUUUAAUAUGUUUUGGAUGCAACCAGGAAGGACAUAUUAAGAAAGAUUGUUUGAUUAACCCUUUUCCACCAAAGCAAGGACAGGGCAACGGUAAUCAGGGGAGGCAGGAUCAAGGGAACUACAACCGGGGACAGCAGGGUCCCUUUAUGGGACAGGGAUACUAGGGGUGCUCAGAGAAUCCACAGGGGGAGGGUCAGCUUGUAGCAAUCACAAAACAAGCUGAUAAGGAACCAAUACUGCAGGUUCUGAUAAAGUAUAGAGGCACGCCAAUGAUGGCCCACACUGGAGCCACUUACACUUGCGUAGGUCCAAAUUAUGCCUCUCACCUCCCCCUGGCAGGAAAAUUCACCAAAAUUUGGGAUUCUCGGAACACACGCAGUUAAUACCUAUGACAGCUCCAAGUCAUAGGUAUAGCUCCAUUCUUAUUCUAAGUUGUAUAUGUGAGUGAGUGAGUGAGUGAGUGAGUGAGUGAGUGAGUGAGUGAGCGAGUGAGUGAGUGAGUGAGUGAGUGAGAAAGAGUUAGCAUUGAGUUGAGAUAGAGGGGACAGAUGAAGUGAUUUGUGAAGAGUGAGACAGAGAAGAGGAAGAGUGUGUAGAUUGGUAACGAGAAGUGGCGGUAAUGGGGAAGGCUUUCCGGUUAGAAUUUUCUUUGGGGACAUUCAUAUCUUUCGAUGGCCUUUUAAGAUUAAUAAUCUAGUUUUGGAGUGUGUCCAAAAAACGAACAAACCAGAAAGGAAAGGAAAGGAUUACUGAAAGUGAAAAUGGUUAUGGAGAUUUAUGAAAGCAAAGGAAGUAGAUAAAGAGAGGUAAAGAGAGUUAGAGAGAAGGAACGUAAGUAAGGAAAACCCGCAGGUGGGGCUGGACAGAGAGACAACAGAGAGAAAGAGACUGAAUUUGCAUUGUACUGAAUAGAUUAUUUGUGCGUUUGGAUGUACUCUGUAUUUGGUCCCUGAAUGUAACCUAUGUCCACUGUUUUAGAGAAAACAUAGAACCACCACUGGGAUUGGUGAUUCUGUGGCUCUUGGAGACUCUGCAUCGCGUCGGAACACCAUGUGGUAUAGAUCAUUACAUCUUGGUACACAGAGCACUGGUGAGACAACAGGUUGGAUCAGAGGGAGAAGGUGUUUGGAGAAGGGAGAGGAAUGUAAAGAAAGCAAAAAGGGCGGAUGCGGACCAACGCAGAGGUAAUAAAUCAGCGGAGAGGAGGCUGGGGGACGGUUUAGCUCAGGAAGUAGAGGGUGUCUUGUAACCGAAUGGUUGCUAGUUCGAUCCCCAUCUCCUCCUAGCUGAGUGUUGAUGUGUCCCUGAGUAAGUUACAUUAGGAAUAAUUAUUUAGACUCAAACAUGAGCAAUUAGCGUUAAAAAUUGUCUGCACACCACACUCCACAGGAGUCAAUGGGUUCAAUGGCGCCAGGGUAAAGUGACUCAUCAAACGAGGAGCGGACCCAACCCAUGGACUCUGCGUGGAUAGGUGGAUGUUAUUUU